AUGGGCCUUCUAUCAACAGAUGGGUUUGUAAAAGCUUAUGCUAUAGCUGCAAUAAGUAAUGUAAGCGAUACAAUUGCCAUGGAUGCGAUAAACAUUCCAGAUAUGAAUUCAAAUUCGACUGUAAUCACCAACUCAAUUGUGUUUAGUAUUGCUGCACUUGAUUACAAAUAUGAUCAAAAUGCACCAGUAUACAUAAAGCGAGACGAUAUUCAUCUUACCAAUCAAACUGAUUAUCAAAAACCAACAGUUACACUACCACCACCAUUAGAUAACUUUGCCAUGACUUUGGGAUCAUCAAUAAUACAUUUCAUUUUAUACAUGUUGACCUUCUUUGUAAUGCUUCAUUAA